GGCACUUGGGACUCCUGGUGGUAUGUAUCUGGCUGACGGCGACUAUGACGAAUGGACGGAGUACCUUUGCACCGUGUGGAUACAAUAACUACUGUACUCCGUAUAUAAUGCAACUCGCCUGCAGCUAUACACGCGCGUCACAAAUGCUAGCGGAUCGCCUAUGACGUCACAUCCAGGAGCUUCACCAUCUCUGAUGUAUAACAGGCAAGCCUCCUAUUGUAUUAAAUCCAGAAUUGUGAGCGGAGUGCUGAUUGUUUAAUCGAUUACCUAGUUCUUGCCAAAUCAAUAAGAAGCAAUACCAAGCAAUAGCAAUUAAAGGAGAACGUGCUACAAGACCCCUUUACAUCCUCUCUUGAGUAGCUGGGACAAAACAUGUCAGUUAGAGCGAGGUCGGGCCUUACAACGGUUCGGAACGCCUGCUCCACGGUUGGUGCGUCUCGAGACAUAGGUUUUCGGGCCCGUGUGGCGUCCAGAUUCUCUACAUCGUCGCAUCAAGGAAAGCACGUCAAGCCGUUGAUUCAGGACAAAGACAAUGGCUUGGGCUUCGUCAGGUCGAACCGGUUGUCAUCAAAGCCGCGCACGCGAGGAGUGACCGAGAUUCGCGGUCCAUACUACGCUGUACGGAUUAUUCUUUCCACUUCCUAGGGCUGAAGGAUUUACCAACUUCAGGAGGAAAACUAGAGAACUUCUUGGUUGCUAACGGCUGGAUUGCGGAGAGUACAGGUAAUGGGAAGGAGAUAUUUGGCAGAUAUCCUCGAAACGUAAGACGCAGCCGAGCAAUACGUCAGGGUUUUAUUCUCCAGAAAGACGGGUUGUGCCUAUCGAGAAAGACUGACAUCAAAAAUGGCGGAGGUAGGAUGGGUGAAUAUGUUGAUGGCCUCAAAUUUUCCGGGGGUAUGGCGUUAUCUCUGGAAAGAAGCGUUGUUACCAAUUCUACCUUGUGGGAGCUAACCAGACGUCAGGCUCGUUUUCUCUUUUUGAGGAAGAGAAGCUGCGAGAAAUGAUUGAUUUGGCGCAUGAACAUAACGUUUAUGUCUCCACGGGUGGUUGGGCAGAACAUCUUCUAACUCACCCGGACAACGCCACUGUCCUCGAGAAGUAUUUCGCAAAGUGCAAAGAACUUGGGUUCGAUGUGAUAGAACUCUCAGCAGGGUUCCUUUCAUUUCCCGGCGAUGAUUGGCUUCGCUUGGUUGACAAAGUGCAUUCGUAUGGACUCAAAGCCAAGCCAGAAUUGGGGAUCCAGUUUGGGGCUGGAGGAGACACGUCAGCCGAAGAACUUGAGGCCCUUGGCACAAGCGACCCAGGGAAGCUUAUCAACCUUGGUCGACGAUUCCUUGACGCAGGAGUGGAGCGUCUCAUGAUCGAGAGCGAAGGUAUAACAGAGAACGUGAAAAGUUGGAGAACGGAUGUCGUUUCCACCAUAAUGAAAGAAUUGCCCCCGGAACGGGUCAUGUUUGAAGCUGCGGAUCCAUCGGUGUUCAACUGGUAUAUACGCGAGUUCGGUGUCGAUGUUAACCUUUUUGUCGAUAAUUCCCAGAUCGUACAGUUGAGCUGCCUCCGUCGUGGUAUCUGGGGAACUGCCGAUACUUGGGUUACUGUCGUAGUGUACCAGUCGACUCCGACUGUGCCAACCGGUAGCUCGAGAGGCGGCCUGCCUCACAAGUUCGCCAUCGGCUGGUUUCGAUGUGCGGGCCGAGAGCAAGGAACAGAGGGUUUGGGUUGCCAAGACCAUGGUGCUAGCCGGGGAUUAAUAAUGCACGGAGCUUACAAAAUGCUGACAGACAGGAGUGGCAACCGGGAAGGCGACGCGGGUUUGGCCAAAAGCAUUGCAGCAGUCGACUCAUAUGCGACCGAAAGUAUCUCCAUAAUUCGAGCUCCGGAUUCUUCAUCGGCUCAGAGCACAGUACCGAUCGCUUCUCAAAUGUCAAUUCCGCGAGCCAUUCGGCAGGCAUUCCUUGCCAUUGAACAGCCCGAGGGUGCCGGCGCGCGGGUGCGCCGUUCCAUUGGCACCGCAAAGCUCAGAAAUUUCAGCCCAUUUCUGAUGCUCGAUCAUUUCACUAUCGGAAAGGGCGCAGGCUUCCCUGACCAUCCUCAUCGCGGCCAAGAAACCAUAACGUAUCUUCUCUCCGGAGGAGUUGACCAUGAAGACUUUGCUGGAAACAAAGGCACAAUUGGGCCCGGCGACCUCCAAUUCAUGACUGCGGGGCGAGGAAUCAUGCACGCGGAAAUGCCCCACGAGAAUCCAGACGGAAGUCCAAACGUCGGCAUGCAGUUGUGGGUGGACCUCCCGGAAAAAUUAAAGAUGUGCGAACCUAGAUAUCGUGAUCUCCGCGCCUCCGAAAUCCCUACUGUUACAGCGGACGACGGCAAAGCGAUAAUCAAGGUUAUAUCGGGUCAAUCACAUGGCGUUGAUUCCGUUCGGGACCUUGCCUAUACACCCGUUUGGAUAUUCGAUAUCACGCUCAAGCCGGGAGGAGAAGUGACGCAGACCUUGCCGAAGGGCUGGAAUGCGUUUGCAUAUACCUUGUCUGGUGAAACCACCUUUGGAAAGGAUUCAGGUGCAGCCUCAGCUUCAUCUUCGGCCGGAUCACUGUCGAAGACUGUCCCUGAAUACCAUAACGUUGUCUUUGACCGGGAGGGGGAUUUUGUCUAUGCUUCUAGUAAGCCAAACUCAAGGGAGCAUUCUCGCUUUAUGCUGGUUGCCGGCCAACCACUUGAUCAAAAAGUUGUCCAAUACGGCCCAUUUGUGUUGAGUUCUCAAGAAGGUGUCUAUCAGGCCAUGUUGGAUUUCCAGUCUUCAUCUAAUGGGUUUGAACGAGCAAGAGGCUGGGAAAGUGAGAUUGGAAAGAGAAUGGGAUAG